UAUCAAUGGAUCUCUCCCUGGAAGAUGUGAAAGAGUUGACCGAUCCUAAUAAGAUACAAGAGAUAUUUCUCAAACUUCGUGAACAGGAGGAAAAUGUCACAAAAGAUCUUGAUAGGCUGCUAAAGAAUCAAGCUCACCUUGAAACUAAAAUGAAGAAUCUCAAUCAGAUAUUGCCUCAGGUAGCUUCAAUUGAGAUAGGUUGUCAGUCCCUCCAUGAUAAAAUACACAGCACCAACCUAUUAGCUGAAAACGUCAGUCGCAAAGUGAGGCAGCUUGAUAUGGCAAAGGGCCAUGUUGAUAGCUGCAUACAACGAGUUAACGACAUCAUCAAUCUUACGAAGUGUGUUGAGGGAGUACAAGAAACCAUGGCUUCAGAUAACUAUGAAACUGCUGCCUCCCAUAUUUCCACAUACCUUCAGAUAGAUAAGAAGCUGAUCAGCAACAUUGACGAUGAUGUUGAUGGAUCGUUUGCUGUGCUAAAAGAUGCAGAACUAAGGUUCAUUAACAACCUCAAUAAUCGGUUUGAUACCGCUGUGAAGGAAAAUGAUGAAAAAGGAGUGGAAAGAUUUGCCAGACUUUAUCCUUUAGUGGGGAGAAAAGAGGAUGGUUUGUCAAAAUAUAGCAAGUUCCUGGCAAGCAAGGUAGCAAGCAAGGGACAGUUUCAUCUGACGAAUGCUCUUAAGACCUCGAAAGAUGAUAAGAGAUGGGGAGUGAUGUUUGCUGAUACCCUGACAAGACUAUUUGAGGACACUGCCCGGAUAGUUGAGGAUUGUCAGCUGGUUAUUGACUCUGCUUACGGAGGUGACUGCAUGUUCCAGGUGCUAUCGCCCGUACAGGAGGAGUGUAUCAGACAAGCGCGGAGCACUUUAAGCAACUUCCUACAGACACGCAACGUUAUUGAUAUAAGUUGUGUGGUGAACAGUAAGACCAGUGGGUUGCAGGGUAACAAGGAACAACCCCAACUGGAUCAGAUACUGGAGGAAAUGGUCAUUAUGAACAGCAGAGCUGAGCUUUACACCAACUUUAUCAAACGAAAAAUACAGCAGGAUGACACAGAGAACAAUAAUUGGGAGGGUAUUCGUGGUAUGAACGCUUUGCAGCAGGAAGCUAUGGGUCACUACAUUCUUCUAGAAACUCACUUUAUCAAGCAGAGCAUUCUUAAGGCAGCAUCAUUAGAGACAAGAAACAAGAAGUCUCUAGUGUCGAGUUUAGUGGACGACUCUUGUUAUCUUAUCCAGAAGAGCGUUAACAGAGCCAUCAGUUCCCGAAGUAUAGAUACUGCGUGUGCUAUGAUCAAUAAUGCUGCGUCAAGUCUAUCAUUAGAAGUUUGUAAUGAGCUGAUGUUUGUAGUAAAGAACGGCUAUCCUAACGCUCUGAGUUACUCCUGGCAGCAGGGGAGUGAUGAACAAGUUCUUGAGCAGAAGGAGAAGUUUCUAACUGCCACCAAUAACUUGCACGCUACUGCAGAUAAUGUCAACAAACUCAAGCGGGGGUUUGAGAUGAAGUGUGAAAAGAGUUAUGGUUCCGACACUGCGGCUCUUGAGAAGCUGAUGAGUUGUAUUUCUGGUUUUAGUGACGUCACUUCUGACUUCAGGGAGGGGUUGAAACGGGCUGAGCAGACACUGUGUAAAGCUGCUGUCUUUCCUAAAAUCCACCCUGUUAUUGCUGAGUUUGCUAGCAGCAGUCACAUCAUCACAGAGGAUCAACUGUACAUGUUGGAAGUAGAAGACCCCUGGUUACAAGAAAUAGUGAAGGUGGUUGAUGAGGUCAUAUUGCCCCUCAAGCAGCUCCUACAUCAGUCUAUAUACGACAGUGUCCUGAAGAUUUCUAUAACUGAGAUGACGGAGUAUUUAGAGAAACUAGCUCUGACUUGCUCUUACAAUCAACUGGGAGGAUUACUUCUUGAUAAGAGAUUGAGAUCCUUAGUUACCUUCCUCUCUGGGAUUACACAGUGGAGUAUUCGUGAUAAGUUCGCGAGGUUAACCCAGAUUUGCCUGAUUCUAUCUGUUGAGCGCUUGUCUGAGGUAGAAGAGUACACUUCCAGUUCUGCUAAAUGUUGUUUGAGUAUCACUGAAAUUAAACAAUGCCUCAGGCUUAGAAACGAUUUUAAGAAAGAUGACAUCAACAAUAUUGUUUGUGAUUAGGUUAUCACUCGGGGACAGAUAAGAUUUGGUACUUAAACUUUUGCUUUGGUAUUUUUGCAUGGAAUAAAAUGUCUAAAUUUGUUUUGUUUUUCUUUUCUUUGACCAGUUUAUGUUUGAGAUGUAAUUUUCACUAAAUAGUAGAUUAUUUAACGAA